AUGAUGACACCCAACAACACUGGGGAAGUGGCCAGCUCCAUUCCCAAAGGGGUACUGGGGAUUUCCCUGGCCCUGUCAAGUCUUAUCGUUGUCGCCAACCUGCUCCUGGCCCUAGGCAUCGCCCUGGACCGCCACCUGCGCAGCCCACCUGCUGGCUGCUUCUUCCUAAGCCUGCUACUGGCAGGGCUACUCACGGGGCUGGCACUACCCAUGCUCCCUGGGCUGUGGAGCAGAAGCCACCGGGGCUACUGGUCCUGUCUCUUUCUCCACUUGGCGCCCAACUUCUCUUUCCUCUCCCUGCUUGCCAACCUGCUGCUCGUGCACGGGGAGCGAUAUGUGGCAGUGUUGCAGCCACUGCGGCCCCAGGGGAGUCUGCGGCUAGCCCUGCUCCUCACCUGGGCCAGCCCCCUGCUCUUUGCCAGCCUGCCUGCUCUGGGCUGGAACCACUGGAGUCCUGGUGCCAAUUGCAGCUCCCAAGCUGUCUUUCCAGCCCCCUACCUCUACCUCGAAGUCUACGGGCUCCUUUUGCCUGCUGUGGGAGCUGCUGCCCUUCUGUCUGUCCGAGUGUUGGCUACUGCCCACCGCCAGCUGCAGGAGAUCUGCCGACUGGAGCGGGCAGUGUGCCGUGAUACUCCCUCAACCCUGUCCAGGACUCUCACCUGGAGGCAGGCUAGGGCGCAGGCAGGAGCCACGCUGCUCUUUUUGCUGUGUUGGGGACCCUAUGUGGCCACACUGCUCCUGUCAGUGCUGGCCUAUGAGCGCCGUCCACCACUAGGGCCGGGAACUCUGUUAUCUCUCAUCUCACUGGGCAGCGCCAGUGCUGCAGCUGUGCCUGUGGCCAUGGGUCUGGGCGAUCAGCGCUACACAGCCCCAUGGAGGGCAGCUGCCCAAAGGUGGCUGCGAGCACUUCGAGGAAGAGCCAAGAGGGACAGUCCAGGCCCCGGCACCACUGCCUACCACCCCAGCAGCCAAAGCAGCACGGACCUGAACUUGAACUAG